CCGAACACGCUCGUCAGCGGUCGGGCAAGCUCGGCGGCGCUCGGCUCGCCGGUCCCCCCUGCCCGCCGGACCCCCCUCAGGCGCGCCCGGGGGGGGGCGGGGCGGGCUCGGCUACCCCCGGCCCCGCGCAUGGAGCACAGCGACGGCGAGCCGGCCGCCAGACAGCUCGACUUGCCCGCGGGACCGGGGCAGCAGCGGGAGCCGCCGCAGGCAGCGGAGGGGGAGGCGGAGCCCGAGGAGGAGGAGGAGGCGGUAACGGUGAUGGCGGCAGGCGCCGAGCACAUCGAGAUGGGAGCACCGCCAAUGCCAAGCGCCGACGAGGCCGCCGCCGCCGCUGCCUUCGCAGAAGUCACCACAGUGACAGUAGCCAACGUGGGGGCCUCUGCAGACAAUGUUUUCACCACAUCUGUGGCCAAUGCAGCCUCAAUUUCAGGACAUGUGUUGUCUGGGAGAACAGCCCUCCAGAUUGGGGACAGCUUGAACCCUGAGAAAGCCACUCUGAUAGUGGUGCACACGGAUGGCAGCAUCGUCGAAACCACCGGGAUCAAGGGGCCUUCGGCACCUCUCACACCAGGACCACAGUCUCCUCCUACCCCUUUGACAGCUGUCCAGGGGAAAAGUGGAACCAAGUACAACUGGGACCCGUCCGUGUACGAGAACGAGCUCCCGGUGCGGUGCCGGAAUAUCAGUGGCAUUCUGUACAAGAACAGGCUGGGCUCAGGAGGCCGUGGCAGGUGCAUUAAGCAAGGGGACAAUUGGUACAGCCCCACGGAGUUCGAAGCCAUGGCGGGGCGAGCCAGCAGCAAGGACUGGAAGAGGAGCAUCCGCUACGCCGGGCGGCCCCUGCAGUGCCUUAUCCACGAUGGGAUUUUAAAUCCCCAUGCUGCCUCGUGUACUUGUGCCGCUUGCUGUGACGACAUGACACUGAGUGGCCCUAUACGACUCUUUGUGCCAUAUAAAAGGCGAAAAAAAGAAAAUGAAAUACCAGCAACUCCAGUGAAAAAGAAUUGUUCCAAAAACAUCACUCUGCUUCCAGCCACUGCUGCAACUACGUUCACCGUGACUCCCUCUGGACAGAUCACAACCUCCGGGGCGCUGACCUUCGACCGCGCAUCCACCGUGGAGGCCACGGCCAUCAUCUCAGAGAGCCCAGCACAGGGGGAUGUUUUCACUGGAGCCACUGUUCAGGACACCAACGUCCAGCAGCCUUGCCGGGUGUCUCAUCCAGAGCCUCACUAUCCCAGUUACCAGGACAACUGCCAGAUCUCACCUUUCCCUGAGGCUGCACUGCCAACGUCUCAUCCCAAAAUCGUGUUGACCUCUCUGCCUGCCCUGGCAGUGCCCCCCACGACGCCCACCAAAGCCAUGUCGCCGUCGGUGGUGAACGGGCUGGAGGUGACGGAGCAGCGGAACUGGCUCUACCUGGAGGAGAUGGUCAAUUCCCUGCUCAGCACAGCACAGCAGCUGAAGACUCUGAUUGAGCAGGCCAAGCAGGCCAGCUCCUCCUUCCGCGAGGCUGCUGUCACACAGGCCAAGAUCCAGGCUGAUGUGGAGAGGAAAGAGCAAUACCAGAGCCAGUUAUUCCAACAAACAGAGGAUGUGGAUGGGAAGACAGAAAUCAUCAUCAAGCAAUCCUGUGCCAACUGUGGACGGGAGGCCACCAACGAGUGCACAGGAUGCCACAAAGUCAACUACUGCUCCACAUUCUGCCAGCGAAAGGACUGGAAGGACCACCAGCACAUCUGUGGCCAGUCAGCCACGGUGACGGUGCAAGGAGAUGAGGUGCAUGUCCCGGACAACGUCAUGGAGAAGGUCACCGUGUGAGUGCUCUAUCUCCGCAGCCGUUCGUGGACACGCGGGGCCGGCUGGAUCGGCGACCGGCGGGAACGGUCUGUCCUGUGCCAACAGCACUCUUCUCACUAGCAGACUCAUUUUUCAUAGAUUUUUUUGAUACUGUGACAGCACUUGUCUAUUCCCAAUCCCCUUUCAAAGCUUUGGAUAAUACAGAGGCUGUGAAAACCUCACCUGGUACCCUCUCCUUUCCGUCCCAGCCCCAACUGGCUUUGGGAGGCUUUGCCUUUGCCUGACUGGAUCUUCCACCAUGUGGAUUACAGCAGUCUCCUCAUCUCUCUUGAGAUGGAUCUGAAGCAGAUGCUGUGAGGAGAUCUGCCAGUGCUUCCUCCUACUGGGACCUCCCUACCUCUCCUUACAGAAGAGAAACAAGUCUUUGGUUGGUUUAUUUAAUUGCCUUGACAAAGUUGGUACAAGUUCUUAGUUUGACAUUGAAAGGGUUUCCUGUGUUCCCUCUGUGCUGGGCAAAUCUGGAACACAUUGGACUUCUGCACUUAAACAUAGUUGAAAAAUAACAUGUUGCUAAAUAAAAUAUGCUGAAAGCA